AAGGACAAAAGAAGAUUCCACCAAUAAUAUUCAUAUCACACAUUUCCAUGAAGUAAUGUAUGGGUUGCGUUGUCAUAAAUUUGGCCUGUAGCGAUUAUUACUUGUAUACAACGCAUCAAAACUAGUACACUUUUGGAUCUAACAACAACCCAACCGCCCGCCACGGAGCAUCAAACGGCCGUCUCCUUCCUUACUACUUAUCAACAACACAUUCUUAAUCUCAUCGGACCGAUUAUCACUAUAUAUAUAUAUAUAUAUAUAUAUAUAUUUUAGGUUGAUAAAUGGAUGAGGUGAUCGCAAUUGCUGACGUGGCAUACCGUCGCGCUGCUACGUCCACCACGGCGCCGCCGUCGUCUUCAGCUCAUUUGUUACCGUACAGCGUUCCGUUGCUAUCUGCAUUUCUUGCGUUUGCUAUUGCUCAAUUUCUUAAAGUUAUUACCACAUGGUACAAGGAAAAGAAAUGGGAUCCUAAAAAGAUUGUUGGGUCGGGUGGAAUGCCAUCAUCUCAUUCUUCGACUGUCGUGGCACUGGCAAUAUCCAUAGGUCUACAAGAAGGGGUUGAUUCAUCCGCGUUUGCCAUUGCUGUUGUCCUGGCUUUUAUCGUUAUGUAUGAUGCAACUGGUGUCAGACUCCAUGCUGGUCGUCAAGCUGAAUUGUUGAACCAGAUUGUCUGUGAAUUUCCCCCGGAGCACCCUUUAUCUGAAUCCAGACCUCUACGUGAUUCUCUUGGACACACUCCAAUACAGGUAGCUGCAGGGGCUGUGUUAGGAUUUAUAGUGGCCUGUGUGAUGAAAGUAUCUGGCUAGCUACCCAAUUUUUCGCCUUUGAGAUUAUGAUUGCCUUGGCCAAGGUGGAUAAUGCAAGUAAUCAGCUGCUUUUGGCCGCUGGAUUUGCUGUAUUUAUGAUUCUUUGCAAUUUGUAAUGUACUCAAUAUGUGCUUUUCAUGAGCUCCUGAAGAUCCUUGUAUAAAGAAGUUAUUUUUUGAAUUGUCAUUUGUCGAAUUCACCUUC